UGUGCGCUUCCCUGCGUGGAGAACCGAAGCGGAUCCACGUGACCCGCCCGUCGGGAUCCUCAGCAGCGCCACACGCCCAUGAACUCCGACCGCCGCCUCACCACACAUCACGGAGACCGGCUCCACUCGCGGACACGGUGAACACAGGCGCGCUCGGCCCGGAUCUGAUGACGACGCUCGGGAUGUGGAGGCUGCAGUGACGGGAGAGAUCAGGGAAGAGACUCCCUCCAGGAGUCCGUGUGUCUGUGCAUCACCUUCAGCUGAGCGAGCAGACACAAAGGUAGACGCGAGCAGUACAUGAUCUGCCCCCUGACUUCAGUGACCUUCAGCAUCUUCACAGCCUCCUUGACCCGACCCACAAGCCUCACAGUCCCGCCCCCUAGCAUCCGUUACCAUGGCAACAGCCAAGCCCAAAGGGCAGAACUCGCUGGCUCUGCACAAGGUGAUCAUGGUUGGGAGCGGCGGAGUGGGGAAGUCCGCUUUAACUUUGCAGUUCAUGUAUGAUGAGUUUGUGGAAGACUACGAGCCCACGAAAGCUGACAGCUACAGGAAGAAGGUGGUUCUGGAUGGCGAGGAGGUGCAGAUAGAUAUUCUGGACACAGCCGGUCAGGAGGACUAUGCAGCUAUCCGGGAUAACUACUUCCGCAGCGGCGAGGGCUUCCUCUGCGUUUUCUCCAUCACCGAAUUAGAGUCUUUUGCAGCGACUGCUGAUUUCAGAGAGCAGAUUCUGCGGGUGAAGGAAGAUGAGAACGUCCCCUUCCUGUUGGUGGGAAAUAAGUCGGAUCUGGAGGACAGGAGACAGGUGAACGCCGACGAGGCCAAAGCCAGAGCGGAUCAGUGGGGCGUGUGCUACGUGGAGACGUCUGCUAAAACCAGAGCCAACGUAGACAAGGUUUUCUUUGACCUCAUGAGGGAAAUUCGUGCUAGGAAGAUGGAGGACAGCAAGGAAAAGAACGGAAAGAAGAAGGGAAAAAGUCUGGCCAAACGAAUCCGCGAAAGAUGCUGCAUUUUAUAGUGUCUGCGAUCAUUUACUCUUCUCCUUCUGCUUAUGUACCUGUAUGUUCAAUAUUUUUGCGAACUAAUCCUCGCCUAUGUUUCCUGUUGUUAGUGUGUCAGAUUAGAUGAAGGACGGUCUGAUACAGUUGAUUUCAUAGAUCAAUGCUGUAGAGUCCAACUGGAAUCUCUUAAUGUCAAAUCAAUAAUGUUCAAAAGCACAGGACGCUGUUGGUCUGUGUGGACUUGUGUAUGAAAACUUCCUGUGCAAGAAAUAUGAGAGCUUUUUGAUUUGAUUAUGUGUCAGGUUUGUUUAAUGAAUUCUGUUCUCUUUUGUUUGUUUUAAUGGCCAGGUUUCUAUCUGGAUUUAACAUCAGUCUUAAGUGAUCUGAUAUCAAAUAGACAACACAAAAUACAGCUGUUUUGUCAGAUUUUUUUCUAUGUUUUUGUCUCUUCUGCUCACCAAGGCUGCAAUAUUUGAUCAAAAAUACAGUAUAAACAGUGAAUUAUUAUUGCCAUUUAAAAUACCUGUUUUCUGUGUGAAUCUCUGUUAAAGUGUAAUGUAUUUCUGUGAUGCUCCGCUGUAUUUUCAGCAUCAUUCCUCCAGUCUUCAGUGUCACAUGAUCUUCAGAAAUCAGAAUAAUAUGAUGAUUUACUCGUCAAGAAACAUUUCUGAUUAUUAUCAAUGUUGAAAACAGUACAAUAUAUUUGUGGAAACUGAUAUAUUUUAUUUUUCAGGAUUAACAGAUGAAUGGAAAGUUCAAAAGUAAAAAUCUUUUGUAACAUGAUAAAGGUCUUUACUGUUACUUUUGAUCACUUUACUGCACCCUUGAUGAACAAAAGUAUUAAUUUCUUUUAAAAAAAAAUUACUAAAUCUUACUAAAACAAGUGUUUUAAAUUAAUGUUUGGAUCGCCUAAAAAGGAUGUUAAUACCAGUGUAAAAAAGUCUUCUUUAGUAGUGUCUCUUAAAGCUAAAAUGAGCGUGUGAGUGUUAUUACUUUAAUGUUGGAUGACUCCAUCUACUUAAUUUACAUAAUUUUCUUUAUUGACUUAUUGAAAAUAUUGGAGCAAAAAAAACAA